AUGACGCCCAACCCAUUCGCUGGGGUCGUCGUUACGGCAAGUGGAACUAUACCUGGUCAGACGCAUGCUGGCAUCAAACGUCUGGUCGAGCAAUGUGGUGCGAGGUUCGAAGGCCUCAAUGUCAAUGACUGCACACAUAUGAUCACCACCCGGAAAUAUGUGCAAAAUGCAACCAAGAAAGUCGAUGCGGUCCAGAAGGGAAAGAAGUGCGAGCUCGUCGGUAUAGGCUGGUUGGUCGAUUCCCUUAUUCGCAAUCGCCCCGUUAGCACCGAAGGCUACCUGCUCAAACCAGAGGAGGAGAACGUCCCUGGGAGUUCGCAACUCACACCAAACUCCCCCACGAGUCCAGAGAACAACAAGCGCAAGUUCGAGGCAGGUACGGAUCUAGUUGAGGAGCCCCCGAAAGUACGGAGAAACAACCUGGAUGUCCAUCGGAGAGGCUUGAUCGCCCUUGUGGAUGAUCGAUAUGAUACUCAAGGGGCAGAAGUAGCACUUUGGAUGGAUGAGCAGGAUGUGCGCUGGGAUGCCAUACUUAUCAACAAGCUAUCGAAGAACCCGGCAUCGAACACAGACCAAACCGUUCCAAUGAACAAAGUGGAAGUGCGUCGCUUACAAAUUCUAUAUCAUUUCAACUCCGACAAGUACUACACAUGGUUCCGACAGGUGGAUGAGAAGACGGAAGAGGGCGAACUCUACGGUUACGGCGACCUGAAAACAGCAUGCUCCGAGUUCAGGAGGCUAUUCCAGUCACACGCCCUCCUUCCUUGGAAUAAGCGCCACUUGCUUCCUCAGGGACACCCGGCUGAUAUCCAGAAUGAAGAACGCUGCAUCUUCAUCCAGCCUCCGUCGGAGGAAGAGAAGCGGACACUUGCGCCAUGGGUUGAGAAGCCAGAGGUUCCAAUCAAGGUGUCUGAUGGAGUGCCUGGUAUUCUGAGGAUCCUGUUCGGCAGUUCCAAUAAGCUGUCGAUCAACUACUUUUUCAACGAUUUGGCUACCGGCCGGAUCAGGGCCGCAGAUGCGACUCGACUAGAUGAACACACUCUACGAGUCGCCAUCGUUAUCCUCAACAAGCUCAACGUCACCUUAACAGAGCCACUAAAGAAGAGGAGAACGCGACACUCAGCCACUGCAACCAAUGAAAAUUAUAGAAUCCAACAGGCGUCCUAUCUGAAACAGUGCUACUUCGGUCUGCUUGGUAUUCUUUCCUACCGCUUAAUAACAGGACCGGAAUGUACAGACAUCGACUGGGUGGAACAGGAACUCGAAGACAUCAAUCUUCUACUGAAGCUGCGAAUCGCCAUGAACAAAGCCCAUCUCUAUUACAACCAUAUCCCCAGUGAGGUGUCGCAACAGGCAUUGCAAGCCCUAGGACUCGCUGAAAUCAAACGAGUUCGGAAGGAAACUCAUGAAUAUGACGCUCUAGUCGACUAUCUCAAAUUGUCAGUCGGGUCGCUACACACAGUUGAUUACAAGGAAAUUAUCAACAUCUUUCGGAUCCAACGUCCCGGGGAGGCUGAGCGUUACCACAAGUGGAGAGAAGCGAACAGCGACAAGAUUGGCCAACGAUGCUUACUUUGGCAUGGGUCUGGCUGUGAAAAGUUCAUCGGAAUCUUGAGUCAGGGAUUACGAGCUGGUCUCUUCCACAAGAGCGCAAGCGGAAUGUUUGGUGCCGGAAUAUAUUUUGCCGACAUGUCUGGCAAAGCCGCUCGGUACUGUGGUGGGCCCUUGGCUCAGGCAUUCAUGCUUCUUUGCGAGGUCGAGAUUGGCAAGGAUCCUCUGAACGUCCAGGAUUGCGAUCGUAACGCAGCGGCGACUCUCAAACUCCAGGGGAGAGUUGGGGUCGUUGCUCACGGUCGCUCAAACCACAAUGGAUGGAUGAAUGCGAAAAGCGUUCAUCGCCGCCUAGAUGGCGUUCGCAUGCCUGAUGUCUCUAAAGGAAGGGAGCAUCGGCCAGCGAAUACACUGGCGUACAAUGAAUACGUGGUCUACGACCCGGCCCAGAUCCAGCAGCGAUACCUUUUCCAUCUGAGAACCGGCUAG